GGACCCGACCCCCUUGUGAAGGUAAAGUUGGUCCUGUUCACUCAAACAUAAUGCAUAUGCGUUGUAAACGAAUACAAUGCACGACCGCGACGCAACAGUUGCCGCAGCGGAUCUGUACCACCGCCAAUACCUCGAGUUCGGAGCCGCGCGAGACAGCUCCAAAGUUUGACGGGCAGGAGAUCUUCUGCGACUCGAUCAAGACAGAUCCGAUUCCAUGGUUCCGCAAGCUCGGGCUCACGCUGCAGCUCCACAACGUCAAAGAACACAAGCACCACGCAUAUUUGUACGCUCGCUCAGGGGGCGCGUGCCAGGCUUGGUUGGACAACCUCUUGUCCAAGUACGGAGUGGUAGCUGCCGAUUUGCACACCAAGAUCAGUUGGGAUGAUCUGAAGGCGGCGUGGCACAAGCUGUUCCAGGUUGAGCCGCCGGAGAUCAAAGCUAUGGACAAGCUCAUGGUCUUCGAACAAGGCACGCUGCCGAGUACCGACUGGAUCGCCGAGUACCAACACUUGACGUCAGACCCAUACAUCCAGAUGGGCUUCAAAGCCAUCCGCCAUUACUUCAUCUCAAGGUCAUGUCCGAUAUUAAGUAAUGCCAUGACUCACGUCGAGGACACCUUGACGACGACGGCGGAACUUUUUGACAAGGCCGCGCAGAUCAUCAUUACGAACAAGGAGGCGAAAAAUCUGCGUUCGUCUGCGGCAGGCCCGAGCAGGGACCAGCAUCGGCCAAGAGUGGCCGUGGUCGCGGCAGCAACGCUUGGCAACAUAUCAUCUUCAAGUGGUGCUUCACGGGAAUCGACGAGCGAGUUCAACAUAGAGGUAUUGGACCCGCUCACGUCUGAGGACUUUGCAUGGCUUCCUCUCCCGACCACGGGCUGCUUGCCGGGACCGCAAUGCGCAGCACUAUGCGCUCAUCUCCACACUUACUUAUCCUUCUAUGCUCCACCAACUUCGCCGACGGGAGACGAAGUCGCGGUGGGGGACAUCCUUGCGUAUACUACCAAGGUGGCCCGCGAGCUUCGCACGCAGCGGUACGAUGACAACAACGCACCGCUCAUGUAUGUCCGCAUCCAGGUUGGGCAAGCGUCCUGCAGCGCUUUGCUGGAUAGCGGCGCGUCUCGCAAUUUCAUGAGUCAAUCCUUUAUGCAAAGGGCUGGCCUUGGCGCACAAGUUCGGAGGAAGGCAAACCUGACGGCGAUCAAGUUGGCGGAUGGGAAAACGCAGCAACUUCUCGACCGUUACAUCGAGGCCGUACCGGUCUACUUCGCACCUCAUGCAUGCGAACCAGUGACAUUCGAUAUUCUCGACACGGACUUCCACAUCAUUCUGGGAAUGCCUUGGCUUGCUAGUGCGGAUCACACGGUCAACUUCCACAGGCGGACUCUUAGCGUUCGCGACGCCUUCGGCGCGGAAGUGGCGUGCACUAUUCCUCUACCGCACCCUUCGAUUCGGUGCCAAGUGGUGACGGCCAAAUCAUUCAGGGCGACUUGCGCUUACGAGCAGCCCGAUGAGAUCGGCCUAUGUUUCCUACGGACCGUCGCGGUAGCAGACGCUUCACCCACGGACUUGUCUUCCGACCCCCAGGUGGUGCGGUUGCUGGACGAGUUCGCCGACAUCUUCGAGUCACCUACCUGUGUGGUGCCGGAUCGGCCGAUCUCUCAUGAGAUCAUUCUUGAGGCCGGUGCCGUGCCGCCGAAAGGUUGCAUCUAUCGCAUGAGCGAGGAGGAGCUUAAGGUCCUCCGCGCACAACUCGAUGAUUUGUUGGCCAAGGGUUGCAUCCGCCCUAGCAGCUCCCCAUAUGGAGCACCAGUUCUCUUCGUCCGGAAGAAGAACAAGGAUCUACGAUUGUGCUACUCGAAGAUCGCGGCCCACUUGACCAAGCUUCAAUGCGAGGAUCGGUCGUUUGACUUCGGAGAGGAGGCGUGGGAAUCAUUUCUGGCUCUCAAAGCCGCGCUAUUAUCUGCGAAGGUCUUGCGGAUAUACGACCCGCUUUUGCCUACGCGCGUCACUACGGAUGCGUCAGGCUAUGGCAUUGGUGCAGUCCUUGAGCAACAUGAUGGUGUGGACUGGCACCCAGUCGAGUAUUUCAGCAAGAAAGUGCCCGUCGUGCAUUCCAUUGACGAUGCACGCAAGAAGGAGCUCCUCGCCUUCGUCCACGCGCUCAAUCGGUGGCGGCACUUCCUCCUUGGUCGAAGCCAAUUUCGAUGGGUAACGGACAASAAUCCGUUGGUCUUCUAUAAGACCCAAAACACCGUCAACAGCACCAUCGCUCGAUGGAUGACUUUCAUCGACCAGUUCGACUUCUUUCUCGAUCACAUUCCCGGGAAGUCGAACCGUUUUGCGGAUGCUCUUUCACGGCGUCUGGAUCAUUGUACCGCGGUCUACUCAACCUUCGAGAUCGACGAUGACCUGCGGAACAGCUUCAUCCGCGGCUACCAAGUCGACCCCGAGUUUCGCGACAAGUAUGCGAAUUGCUCCUCUCCUAAUCCGGCGCCUUCUUACUACCGGAUCCAAGAGGGGUACUUGCUUGUCCACACGCGGGGGCCCGGGAAGGACCUUCUUUGCGUACUGAGUGAUCCUCACUUGCGUACACGGCUUCUUGGCGAGUUCCACGACGCUCCCGCCACUGGACAUUUUGGCGUCAAUCGCACGAUUGGCCGGCUCCGCAAGCGAUUUUGGUGGCCCGGCCUUCUCGGUGACGUCACACGCUAUUGCGAGUCAUGCGAGGUUUGCCGACGCUGCAAAUCCCGCAAUCAUCGUCCGUACGGCGAGUUACGACCACUACCAGUCCCGUUGAGGCGAAGGGAAGCGAUUGCCAUGAAUAUUACCGUCCCGUUCCCCAAGCACAAGACCGGACUGGAUGAGAUUCUCACGGUGGUCGACCGACUCACCAAGUUCGCCAUGUUCUUGCCUUGUCGCUAUCAUGCCAAGGCACCCGAGUUGGCCGAGGUUCUUUACGCCGGUUGGAUUCGAACCAAGGGUUACCCUAAGGAGAUCGUCUGCGACCGCGACACCCGGUUCAUGUCCGAUUUUUGGUUGGCGCUCAUCAAGCGAUGGGGCUCAUCUCUCAAGCCUAGUUCAGCUCGCCACCCUCAGACCGAUGGACAGACGGAGAGAGCGCAUCAGACCGCACAGGUACUCCUCUGCACUCUCAUCCGCCCCGACCAGAAGGACUGGGUUGAGCGGCUGCCGGAUGUCGAGUUGGCGUACAACUCCUCUACCCACCCGGCUAUCGGGAUGUCGCCCUUUGAGUUCGAGCACGGCUCGCCGGUCACUUCACCGUUGGACACUAUUACUCCACGAACGACCGAGAGCGAUGGUCAUCUUCUUUUUUUGCGUUAGAUGCAAGAGCUUCUUGUCAAGGCACGCGACCAGACGGCCAAGACGCA